AUGUGGGAAUGGGAAUGGCAAAUUCCAAGAUUUUCCUUUGCUUUGCUCCCUGCAGGCCUGGAGGAGCUCCCACAGCCCAUCCAGGAUUCCGGGAAUAUUCUGAAGCAAGGAUACCUGGAGAAGAGAUCUCGAGAGCCCAGCUUUUUCGGCUCCGAGUGGCACAAGCGCUGGUGCGUCCUCACCCAACGGAAUUUCCUCUACUACAGCAACGAGAAAAGCAAGCACCCCAAAGGCUCCUUUCCCAUCGAGCGCUACCAAGCCUAUCUGGAUUCCCAGCUCCGGAAAGAUUCCCGGAAAAAAUGCUGCUUCCACCUGCUCUGCCCUGGAAAACGCUCCUAUGAGUUCACAGCUCCGAGCCCGGCCGAGGCCCAGGAUUGGGUGGAGCAGAUCCGGUUCCUCCUCAAGGACCUGAGCUCCCUGACCAUUCCCUGCGACGAGGAUGAGGAGGAUGAACUCUCCAAGGAUCGGGACAGCUCCGAUUCCAUGAACAAUUCCCAAAAUUCCACCCUGAAUCUGGAAGAGCUGGAGCUGGAAAGCGACGACAUCUAUGAGGUGCUGCCAGAUGAGGAGAUGGACCCGCCAUUCCAGGAGGACGAGGAGGAUUUCGGGAGCGGGGAGGAAAAUUCCGACGAAGAUUAUUCCAGUUACUACCAGGGAUUGUGGGAUUGCCGCGGGGACAAUCCCGACGAGCUCUCCUUCCAGCGGGGCGACCUCAUCCGCAUCCUCAGCAAG